AUGUCGACCACAGGUCCAAUCAUGGCUGUUUUCGAUGAGCUUCGGAAGGCUGCAGCACGGCUUCAAACUGCGACGACAAACGGCUCUGGGAUGGAAUGGCAUUCACACCCAUGCGUCGCCGAAAAAGAGCAGGGAAGGAAAGAGGGCGUGUUGUCUACCGAGCAUAACAUUGACCCGCAGAUUCAGUUGUCGCAGAUCACGUCAAUGCUGUGGCUCGGAGCAGAGCACCAUGUUCUUUUUCGACACCUUAUCACAGCCUACUUCUCGAGCAACACUUCCAGUCUCAACAAUGCUGUCGCCUCCUUCCUCGCCCUUUAUGGUCCACAGCUGUGGCCCGAUAGUCCCAAGCGGCGAUUACAUCUUUCUCGGCCGGAGGGACCGUCUUUGCUCGCCUACAUCGGAUCGAACCUAGGGCCUGCCCACAGCAUCCACGGGAAGAUGUCUGCUUGGAAGAGACGAAAGUUCCUGAUCGACCAUGAAGGAAUAGAACCGACAGUCGUCGAGGAGAUUGCUGAGUGUCCGUUGGGCAUGGCCAUAUAUCGAUACGUUGAGCUUUUGAAAGAGACUGGCCUCAACAAGCCAGACGGAGGCGAGCAUGAAGGGUGUGAAGUGUUGCUUGAGCAAAUCGUUGGGCGUCAAGACGGGCUUGGCAAUGGGAAUGGCGGCAAUCUCAAUGAAGAAGAGCGAGAAAGCAGCCCAGAUGUGCCAUUGAGAAGGCAGUGUGAAACGCUUGCGAACCAAGGGACACGAGGGUAG